AGGACGAGACGUAAACAAAUAAAUGAUUAAAACCGGAGGUAAAACUAAUAAUUAGCCUGUGAUUCUCUUUACAUUAUGGCAAGUGCUGUGGUUAAGCCGGAGACGGCCCCUGAACAUUGUCCUGGGACUGAAAGUGACCAGGCUGGCAAGGCAUCAGCUUGCGCCGGCUGUCCCAACCAGAAUAUUUGCUCUACUGCUCCAAAAGGACCAGAUCCUGGAAUAGCUCAAGUAAAAGAAAGCUUACAGGCAGUAAAAAACAAGAUACUGGUCCUCUCAGGGAAAGGCGGGGUUGGGAAAAGCACCGUCACUGCCCUUCUCAGCAGGGCUCUAGCUGCUAGUGAUAGUGAAAAAAAUAUUGCCGUAUUAGACAUAGACAUUUGCGGUCCAUCGCAGCCAAGAGUUUUAGGCGUCCUUGAUGAACAAGUACACCAAUCGGGCUCCGGUUGGUCUCCAGUGUAUGUGGACGACAACCUUUCCGUUAUGUCAAUAGGGUUUCUUUUGGACUCGCCAGACUCCGCAAUCAUCUGGAGAGGCCCCAAAAAGAACGGAAUGAUCAGGCAGUUUCUAAGUCAGGUGGAUUGGGGCAGUUUGGACUACUUGUUAAUGGAUACACCUCCAGGAACAUCGGAUGAACAUCUUUCGGCUAUAACCUACUUAUCGCAAGCGGACUUAACUGGGGCUGUAAUCGUUACAACUCCCCAGGAAGUUGCUCUAUUAGAUGUGAGAAAGGAAAUCGACUUUUGCAGGAAAUCGAAGAUAAAUAUCUUGGGAGUGGUGGAGAAUAUGGCCGAAUUUAUUUGCCCCUGCUGCCAAAAAUCCUCCCAAAUAUUUAAACCUACAACAGGAGGCGCCAAGAAAAUGUGUGAAGACCUGACCAUUCCGUUUUUGGGAAGUUUGCCGCUGGACCCGAAAAUAGCCAAAUGUAGUGAUGAAGGGAAAAACUUCUUCGAAGAAGUGCCUGAUUCACCGGUGGUUAAGGCCAUUGAACGUGUAGUCGAAGGUAUACAUAGAAAACGACUCAAAUGUAUUCAGCUGCAUUACAAAGUUCUCUUUUAGGGCUAGUGGCAAAAUGUGAUGAGAUGCACUAAUUUUUCCUGAAUUAAAUCUAUUGUAAUGUAAA